UCCAGAGGUUCACUGUCUGAACAGAAUACGACCGGUGCACACGCAGAGCGCACGAAUAGCCGGAGGGUCCGUGCUGGUUAGAAGUGCUGUGGACUUGACCGGCAGUGACCGAGAGGGGAACCCCGGCUCCUGCAGCCGUGAGGCGGGGACAGACUGAGGCUGCUGCCGCCUGUCAGGGAGCUGUCCGCCCGCUGUGGUGCUGAACUCAAGCACAGGACUCGACCCUGCAACCGGUGACGUAUAGAGACGCAAACCCGCGCAAGACGCCGCGUGAAGUCCAAAUAAAACCUCACAGUUUAGCAUGCAUGUGUAUUUAAAUGGAUCUGAAGUAAGUCAAAGACUCAGGCGACAAGGAGCAGAAGUGAUGGCUGGACUCCCCUCCGCCCCCGGAGUCACUCCAGCGGUCUGAGCUCAGCAGCGCGCCGCCGCUUCGCCUCGCACCGGAACCCUGCGGAGCCUCCGUAGAUGAGGAGAGUGUCAGAGGCUUUCGAUCAGUGAGGUGAAUGUUGAUGACACCAUUGAAAUGUUACCGAAAUCAAGAAGAGCUCUUACCAUCCAGGAGAUUGCUGCACUAGCACGAUCCUCCCUGCAUGGUAUUUCCCAGGUAGUGAAAGACCAUGUGACGAAGCCGACGGCGAUGGCGCAGGGCAGAGUGGCCCACCUGAUAGAAUGGAAGGGCUGGUGUAAGCCUACGGACACUCCAGCAGCCCCGGAAACAGACCUCAACUCUUACUCGGACCUCACCGAGGGAGAGCAGGAGGCUCGCUUCGCUGCUGGUGUGGCGGAGCAGUUUGCCAUCGCCGAGGCCAAGUUGAGGGCCUGGUCCUCCGUGGACGGUGACGAGUCCAACGAUGAGUCAUAUGAUGAAGACUUUCUGCCUGCCAAUGAGCCCACCACACAAAGCACAGAUGUGCCAUCAUGUCCUCCCUUCCUGAAGGACCUGAUCCACAGCCAGCUUUGCCAACACCUUGGCCUGCGAGGACCCUGCUGUGAGGGUGGAGGCGGCGGUGGAGAGGGAGGUGGCAGCGGAGAGCCCUCCCCCACGGCGGGCUCCCCGGACACCCUGUGCUCCAGCCUCUGCAGCCUGGACGAGCACCACCCGCUGCUGCGCGACCUGGGAGGCCACAGCUGCACACACCCCCACAGCAACGUCACUGAGCUCGUCACAAAGAUCCUGUCGGCGCUGCAGGGAGGGGAGGAGCUGCUGGCCCGACUUCAGAGGGUGGGGCAGAGCGGGCUUUCUGGGGGGGACUGCGUCUUCCAAAGCCUGGGUGGGGGAGGGCGAGGCAUCAGGCCAUGCGGAGGUCAGAACUCUCCUUGCAUGUCCAUGUCUUACUCUGAGACGUACCUGUCACCCGGCGAGGAUGACGACACCCCCUGCAAGGACUACGAGGGCACCAUGUGCCAGGUAGAGGCGGAGGGCAACAGGGUGGAGUACCCGCCUGACUAUGACCUCCGCAGGAGGGUCUCUGACGUGGCCUCCUCUGGUGUGGUGUCGCUGGACGAGGAGGAUAUAGAGGAGGAGGAGGAGGAGGAGGAGGAGAGGGCAGGAGAGCCAAACAACCAAUGACUCCUCUCUUCUCACCUCAGUGUUUUAAUCCUCCAAACUCUACUUUUUGCAUCAACGUCCCCUCUCCUCCAUGACGUCUUUAAAGUUUGAAAUGUUUUUUCCCUCCUCUGACUGACAAUGUGACUCAUCCGUCUUUGCCUUACUUGCAGCAUUUCAUCUCCUCCCCUCCAGCACACUCACCUGCUUCGUCCCCCUUCGAUGCAAAACUUUCUUUGAAGGCGUCCAAACAAUCUUUUGUAUCAGUGUGAGAGCGGGAGCCUCUGAUCUGGGGCCACUUGUGGUUUGCAGUUUCUGGCCCCGUGCCUCCCUGUUCAAGUGACUCCAAAGGCGGAGGCCACCACCAGGCAGACAGAAUGACUGAGUCCAAAACUCUGACUUAUCUUUGCAUGUGUUUUUGCAAUUGCUGAAAUCGAUGGGCUGACCCGGUCCUGAGCACGGUUUGUAAUCUCAGCUGUUACGUAUAACCCCGCCCCUUUUCUCCCCCCCAGCAUCACCCAUGGGGGGUCGGGCAAGUCGACACUGCAUCCUGAGAUGUGCCCUCACCCCCCCCCCCCUCCCCCCUUGCAAGAGACAAAAUAGCAUCCUUUUGGGCAUGGCUUGCUGAGUAUGCCAAACUAUGAAAACCUGUCGCUACCAAUUAUGAGCAAAUGCUGGAAUGUCUUCAAAAGUGACAGGGCAUAGUAUGUAUUUUAAAAUAACAAAAGAUUUAAAAAAGAUUUGUCACAAAUGAAAUGAUAGAAAUUAUAUGCUUUUAUUGUACUAGUUUUCUAUCACUCAAACAUGUCGUUGUUCACAUAAGUCCGAGCAUCAUUAUGCUGGACAUCUGUCAUGAUGAUCAAAUAUGGCGACUGGAUACUUUCGGGGUUCUGUGGAUUCCUGCGUGGAAGCCACAAGAACUACGGUUAUCAUUAAAAUAAACAACAACACACACACACAGCAGCAACGACGACAACAAACACAAAGCGAAUGUUCCUGAGGUGACUCUUUCACGCCAGCUGUCUGGCAGGAAGUAGGUUAAACUGACAGAAAACAUUUUUCUGUGACGAGGCGAGUUACAUCGGAGAUUUUCUAUAUUUUUGUAUGCGUUGUCUUGCUUGAUCUCUUUGCCUAUGCGGCGCGCCAGUGUAUGUGGUUUUUUGCACGAAGCUAUUGUGGCUGUAGAUUUCUCCUUUUCUUCGUUAUCACUGUGUGAUAUAGUCUACUGGGAAAAAAAAGUAACAAAACAAAUGUGAACAAAAAAGUUUUUAUUCUUGAUUUCAAAAGAGGAUACUGUGAUACGGUUUGUCAUUGCCAUUUGUCAUGAUCCCCGUGAAGAGCGCUUGUUCUUCUUUUGUAAAAAUGUCAAAAUGCUCUUCGUCCUCUCCCUUCAUACUGACUCGUGAAAAGCUUUGCCUUUUGUUCUAUACCUUCCCUUCUUUUCUAUGAUGUCUGCAAAAAGGGCAUGUUUAUGUGACACAUGCAGAAUCUUCCAUCUCCAUGGUGAUGUGAGGAGCCCUGUCGAGGUUCUCCCAGAGGGACUGUCAUUCAUACAACUCAGGAAAUCCCAUUGGACCAGAGCAUCAACGCAUCCCGCCCACUCACACAUAACUCCACUAGACCCUCCGUGUCUGUGUGUGUACAUGUGUGUGGUUUUUUGUGUGUUUGUGGAUGAGAAAGUCGGCGUGCAUAGUUAUUUUCUACAAAUAAUUAAAGCACAGAUUCAGUCCCUGCAUCCUUCUUUCAUGUUGUCUGACCGUUUGCGAUUCUGUAUUUUUGACGUUCUGUGAAAUUGUGUG